AUGCUGGCCACCACGGAGAACGGCUCCAUGAAGAAGGUGGUCUACACGAAAACUAAAAAUAAACAGUUUGAUGCGCCACACCUGCCCCAGGAGGUGCUCCGCCACCUGCCCGUGGUCGACAACCCCCACAGGCCGAGUGGGCUGUUCAUAAACAGGCCGGCUUUGGAGACCCUGAAAUCUGCGUCCACCGACAGGUGCUUCUUCCUAAUGAUCGACGUUAUAUUCCUAAAGACGAUGAGUACCCGUAUAUCCUCCCUUAUCGGUGGACCGUGGCUAUACAUGUUAUUGCAGCCUGUCGCAGCACACAUCGUGCUCAUACUGGCCACCACGGAGGACGGCUCCUUAAAGAAGGUGGUGUACACGAAAACCAAAAACAGACAGUUCGAUGCUCGGGAGGUGUUGGAAUGCUUGCUGGCAGUGGUCAACGAACUCCGAGGCCUGGGCAUCGAGGACCACCUGCUGGCCAUCGUUGCAGACGAAGGAACGAACAAUGCCCUCCUUGUGGAGGCGGGGUACCCCGUGCUUGUGGACCUCCACCACCUCUUCAAGAGGAUGGACACCAACAUGGGCUACGUUGAUGUCGUCCUCCAGGCGGUCCACAAGCACGCGGUGUUCCGCCAAAAUAACGGAGCCGAAAAGUUCGCCACCAUCCGCGCCAUGACCGACUCCAUCCCAGCCGCCGCCAGGAGAAGGAUCCUUUUCGAAAUAAAGGAGGGAGUGCAACAACGAAGCGUGGAGAGCAUGGGCCGCAAACUGUCCACAGAGACGGCUGUAGCCAUAGCAGACGCCCUAAUGGCCGAGCCCAAACUAAAAGCAAGGCUCCUAGAGAUCCACCAGCUGCUGAGGAGAGUGGUUUGCCUCCUCAGCAUGCUGAAAAAGCUGGACCUAGAUCUGUCGAAGUAA